AGGCUAAAGUCGACGGGCGAAUGGUCCGCAGAGAUGGGAGGGCCGCGGCGCAUGUCAAGUGCGCUGCUUCUGCCCUUUGCCCUCCUGUCGCUGCCGCCGGCGAGUGCUUUCAACGCUACUGCCUAUCGAGAAGAAGUGGAAUCAUCUCUACGUUUAGUGCACGCUGUGGCUACCGGGGCCACAGGGGCACUCUGUGUGACCCAUAGAUACGGCCGACUGCGGGCGCCUUUGCACGCUGCACGCUGGGACACGGCUAGAGCUAGAGCCGAUUUAGCUGCCAAUAUGCUUCACCAGCUUGGCUUGGAAAACGCAGAUGUUUUGACGGCUGUAUCUCAAAGCCUAGUCAUGGGAGCAGGUGCAGCGGAACGUGCAGUGGCAGCACGCGCUGUAGUUCUACAACCAGAUGGAAUUAUAGAGGGAUCGAUAGCUUGGGAGAGAUAUGGCACGGGUGAGCCAAUUGCCGUACCCGCGCCGCCGAGGGACAACCCUCCAGAUCCCGAAUAUCCAUGGUAUGUAUCAGCUUACCAGACUGAAGAGCUUAGGUCGUCGAAGUUUAUGCCUUCGCCACCUGGUGCUGCUAUGGGAGGCUGGUGGACUUACCCGUAUUAUAGCUGCGAAUCUGAACGCUGGCUACUGUCAUACACAGCCCCGGUUUCAAAAAUCCGCGGGUUAAACGGAGUUGUUUCACUGGAUAUAGACAUAUCUAAUUUAGAAAUCAAUCAGUGUGAGGCAAAGAAUGAUGAAGAUAAUGAUAAUCAAAUUUAUUCCUUCCACGGAACUCAUAAAUGUCCCAAUGAGACUACAUUUUGUAUAUAUAAACCCAACCGGGAAAUGAAUGCAAGACAUGCUGGUUGGGCAAGAGGGUCAUAUAUUUGUAAAUGCAGACCUGGAUAUUAUUCCCCACAGCAUCCUGAAGGUUUUAACGGCUCUCUUGUUGAAGUUGCCUUCCAAGAAUAUGAAGAAGGAGGUUUAGAGAACUGGCGUGAACCUUAUGAUUGUUUGAAAUGCCAGCCAGGUUGUGAAACAUGUAGAGGUCCAACGCCUUGUCUUGCUAAAUAUAACUGGCCGUUCCGGAUAUCUCUUCUGGUGAUAUCAGUGACGUGUGCGGGGCUGACAGUUUGCCUCACAUUCUAUACAAGACAUCAUCGCCGUGUCAAAGUGAUCCGAGUCGCAAGCCCCGUCUUCCUCUCAAUUACAUUGCUGGGAUGUGCUAUUAUGUAUAUGGAAAUGGCAGCUAUAUUCCCAGUACUUGACAGAUAUUCAUGUAUUGCCACUAAAUGGACUCGGCAUAUGGGAUUUUGCCUCACCUACACAGCUUUGCUCAUGAAAACUUGGAGAGUUUCACUAACUUACCGAGUUAAGUCAGCACACAAGUUGAAAUUAACUGACAAACAGUUACUGCAGUGGAUGGCGCCCAUACUUCUCAUAAUGCUGGUAUAUCUCGGAACAUGGACAUUAUCAUCACCACCAGAUGCUGAAGUUAUAACCGACGAUACGGGAUUAAAAUUCAAGCAAUGCACAUACAAUUGGUGGGAUCACAGCUUAGCUAUAGGUGAAAUUCUAUUCCUACUGUGGGGUGUGAGAGUUUGUUACCGAGUCAGACAUGCGGAGAGUCUCUACAAUGAGGCUCGUCUUAUUUCCUACGCUAUAUACAAUAUAUUCACAGUUAAUUCAUUCAUGAUAACAAUGCAUUUAUUAAUUUUACCUCACGCGGGACCUGAUAUUAAGUACCUUCUCGGUUUCAUAAGAACACAGUUGUCCACAUCAACUACAAUCCUGUUAGUCUUUUUCCCAAAGGUGGUGAGAGUGAUCCGAGGCACAGGAGACACUUGGGACAGCCGAGCACGUGCCCGAGGUGUCCCUGCCUCCUCCUCACUGAACGGCAUCGGCUUAGUGCCUGAUGAGGCACCGGACUUGUACCAGGAGAAUGAGGAACUAAAGGAGGAAGUCCAGAAACUGGCGGCUCAGAUAGAGUUUAUGAAGAUAGUGCAGAUGGAGAUGCACAACCGGCACCUGCGGCCGCGCCCCGGCGGCUACUUCAGCCAGCUGCCGCACAGCCCCCUCCACACCAACACCAAUGUACAGGAGGUGAGCGAGUGGGGCGGGCCGGUGUGACUGGUGGCGCUGAGCGACGGCGGCUGGUCGUGGCCCGGGCCCGCCGCGCGCCGCCUCACCACCGCCCUCGACCCGCGCCGCCCCGCCUUCGUAUGACCGUUACGUCGCACUCUUCAUUACCAUUUACAACAUUCUAAUAAACUAAUCCUAUUAUUUUCAGCACUUUUAUUAACACCUGUAAUAUUGUUUAUAAUAUAGUGUAACGUUAAUUAUCUAAUUUAACCCUUAAAUGCAUUUUUUUUAAAUA